GGGACUUUUAGUUUAGCAGACAAUUUCCCAGAAUUCUGUGCGUGGCUCUGGGAUUUUUCUUGCUAACUCUGAAAGUGCACUGACCACAAAGAUGUAUCGCCCUAAACCGACUCUGAAAGACAGACAGCACUUGUAUAAGCUGAUCAUCAGCCAGCUCCUGUAUGACGGUUACACUAACAUCGCCAACAGCCUUAUAAGCGAGGUGAAGCCGCAGAGUGUGGUGUCCCCGUCUGAGCAGCUUAUGCAGCUUGCCAAAAUCGGAAUGGAGAAUGAUGACAGCGCAGUACAGUAUGCCAUCGGACGCUCGGACACGGUGGCCCCAGGUGUCGGCAUCGACUUAGAGUUUGACGCCGACGUGCAGACCAUGUCCCCUGAGGCUUCGGAGUACGAGACAUGCUAUGUGACAUCACACAAAGGGCCGUGUCGCGUGGCCACAUACAGCCGAGACGGACAGCUCAUUGCCACCGGCUCUGCAGACGCCUCGAUUAAAAUCCUAGACACGGAGCGUAUGCUGGCCAAGAGCGCCAUGCCCCUUGAGGUGAUGAUGAACGAGACAGCGCAGCAGAACAUGGAGAAUCACCCGGUUAUCCGAACCCUGUAUGACCACGUAGAUGAGGUCACCUGCCUGGCUUUCCACCCCACCGAGCAGAUCCUAGCGUCGGGAUCCCGCGAUUACACACUCAAAUUGUUCGACUACUCCAAGCCCUCAGCAAAAAGAGCUUUUAAAUACAUCCAGGAAGCAGAAAUGCUGCGCUCCAUCUCCUUUCACCCGUCAGGAGAUUUCUUGCUGGUGGGGACUCAGCAUCCAACACUGCGCCUUUACGAUGUCAAUACAUUCCAGUGUUUUGUGUCGUGCAACCCUCUGGAUCAGCACACGGACGCCAUCUGCAGCGUGAGCUACAACCCGGGAGCCAACACCUACGUCACGUGCAGCAAGGACGGCAGCAUAAAGUUGUGGGACGGCAUCUCCAACCGAUGCGUGUCCACGUUCGAGAAGGCGCACGACGGGGCCGAGGUCUGCUCAGCCGUCUUUUCCAAAAACUCGAAGUACAUUCUGUCCAGUGGCAAGGACUCUGUGGCCAAGCUGUGGGAGAUCUCCACUGGUCGCACACUGGUCAAGUACACGGGAGCAGGACUGAGUGGCCGUCAGACGCAUCGCACACAAGGCGUGUUUAACCACACAGAGGACUACGUGCUGUUGCCGGAUGAGCGAACGGUUAGCCUGUGCUGUUGGGACUCACGCACAGCUGAACGCAAGAACCUGCUCUCACUUGGCCAUAAUAAUAUUGUGCGCUGCAUCGUGCACUCCCCAACCAAUCCGGGCUUCAUGACGUGCAGUGACGACUUCCGCGCUCGCUUCUGGUACCGCCGGACCACCACUGACUGAGCAGCUGUGAGGCUGUUCUUGAGUUUCAGGUCUGUGUGUAGAAAAGGCUUAGACCUACAGUGAGUGGUUUACCAGAUAACGUGGUCUCAGCGAUAUCAGGACUGUAGUUGUUGUGUCUGAACUCUAGAGAGCACCAUUGUAUGCAGAGGAACUUGUAGAGGAACUUGAGCAUUUGUAAUAAGUCUGUGCCAGCCAUCUGAGCGUAACAAAGUUGUGCUCUGUGAGGCAUGACAUGAGUUCUGUAAGAGACAAGUGAAUUUUCUUUUUUUUUUUUUACUUUCUUUCCAUGUUUUUUUUCAUGUUUGAUACAUUUAAUGCUUUUUUCCUUAAAUAAAAUAAACAAAUUGUUUUCCUUGUAAAUAAAACAUCUUGUGAAAGCAAA